AUGAUCCUUAUUUUUGUGUAGAUUUUGGCAAGUGCAUCAGCAGAAUACAUGCCAUUCGAGGCCUUAAAUAUUUCAAAUGCCUUUAGUGGUAAAUAUGAUAUUUAGAGAAGAUAUAUUCUAUGAUGGGCAAAGAAAGGAAUUACUAUGUAAUGGUGGUUCUAAGAUCAAUGCCUACAUAGGGAGCAAUUCCUUUGCUACUCAAUAGUUCCAAAUGCCUUAACAUACAAUGCUGAGACUGGAGGUGGUUGUAUAUGGGUAUGAAAACGUUUCGAAUAGAAAUUAGAAUGGGUGAGGAUAAUCAGAUUGGUGUAUUUGUGGAUUGGAAUUUGGUUUGGACUUAACAAACCUCCCCUAUGAUAUCAACUAAAUGUUCAUUGAGUGAUUUCAAAAUGAUUUAGUUAAAAGUAGAUUUGGUGCAUACUGGAGGCGCAGGUAUAGUUAUUUUUGUAGGAAACACACAAGAAAUUGUAAUAUAAUAGAAUAUUCAUAUAAGUGGGGAUUUAGUGAUCUCAAACUAUCAGUGUAGGGAUGUCCAAAUGGUUGUGUAACUUGUGAAGCUGAAGAUUUAUCAGAAUAAUGUUCAAUAUGGGAAUUUGGGUUGAGUAAUUGGAAUAACCUUUCAGGCAUCUCAUCUGAGGGUUGGUCAAUAUUUAAUGGGAAGGAUUAAACCUCAGUUUGCGGAAGUAAAUUGAGACAAUAUGAUUAUAGAUGUUGCUCUAAUUGGAGGUUACAGUAACUUUGGGACUUAAUCAGUGUUGAAUAAAACUAUAGCUAUGAAACCACACUACAGAAUAAGAGUAUAAGCUUUGUGGGCCAAAAUUGAUUCUUGGGAUAAUGAAUAAGGACAGUUGAUGGUUGAUGGGAAAGUGGUAUGGUAGCAAAAUUAUACAAAUUCAGAUGGAUACAAAAGUAAAAUUUGUGGAAAUACAAAUGAAAAAAAUUAUAAAACAGUUUUUCAGAGAAUUGAUGUCAUAGUUGAUCAUACUGGGAAUAAUAUGGUUGUUAGUUUUACAUCGACACUUGAUUAAGCAUCAGAGGAUGAGUCUUUCGGAGUUAGGGAUCUAAAUAUAUUUUAUUUGCCUUGUGCUGAUGGAUGUGAGGAGUGUUAAGGUCCCUCCAUUUCAGAUUGUAUAAGUAAUAAUAAACUUACAUCAUAUAUAGAAUGCUCUGAUAACUUGUUUUACGAUUUUGGGUAAUGUCAAAACAUAUCAAAUUUUGAGAUGUUGGAAUAAGCGUUUACUGAACUUCAAUUCGAUGAUUUAAAGGGUUGGGAAUUACACGAAAGGCAAGAUCCAAUUUAUUUUACCUCUUGUAUGGGGGCAAGCCUUGUUGGAGGUUUUAGAGUGAUGGGCACUGGGGGAUACAUAACAAAAACCUUCCAAAUCCCACCUCAUAAAAAUUUAAGAUUAUAGGUCGUUAUUUACAAAAUAGAUUCUUGGGAUAAUGAAAAGUUUACAAUAGAAGUAGAUGAUGCUUAAAUUUGGACUCAUAAUUGGUUUGUAGAAACUAACUUUAACUAUUGUGGCUAAUUUUGGCCUGAUUCCAAAAUCUAUGUCGAUUUGAUCUUUGAACAUACUAAUGAAGAAGCCAACAUUAAAUUUAGUUCCACUUUGAAUCAAGAAGCUUUUGAUGGUAAGAUGUAUUGACUAUGUUAGAAUCUUGGGGAUUUAGAGAGUUUACUUUGAUGUAUGAACCAUCAAUUUCAAUAUUAGAGAUAUAUUCAGCAACAAUAAUACCUGUAAUCUAUCCUUUAUUAGUAAUUAUUAUUUAUUUAUGA